CUCUAUGUACUACAAAUAAACAAUUUUCUGUACUAAAAUGUGUUUUCAGUAAACAAGACAAAGUAAUGUUAUUUUACCUUUCAAUCAUAGUGAAUUUGUUGAUUCAGCUGAAAAAGUCCAAUUAUUUAAAAUAAAGCCAAAUGGAUUUGGGAGAUCCAUCGUUGAAGCCAAUUAAAGUCUUGGGUUCAGGCUCAUUUGGGCGUGUAUUUCUCUGCAAGUAUCGUAAUACUCAAAUGGUGUGUGUAAAACGUAUUAUUGUGCAAAAUCCUAAACAAGAAAUGAAAAUGAUCAUGGAGGAGGUCUAUAUCAUAUCUCAAGUACGUCAUCCAAAUAUUAUUCAGUUUAUUGGUUCUUUUGUUCAUGCCGGAACGGUUAAUAUAAUUAUGGAAUAUGCUCCAAAUGGUACGCUCCAAGAUAUUAUAAAUCAAGCGCGACCAGUGGGACUCUCUAAUGCCAACAUUCUGCGUUAUUUUUGUGACAUUCUAAUGGGAUUGGAGUAUUUGCACAUACGACAUGUUUUCCAUCGUGAUCUAAAGCCUGCUAAUCUACUGGUCGAUAUAAAUGAUCAUAUCAAAAUUGCCGACUUUGGAAUUUCUCUAAUACACACACCGAAUAAAGCGAGUGGCAAUGCAGCUGGUACUGCAUUUUAUUCGGCACCUGAAGUUUUGCGUGGUGAUAAAUACGAUUACAAAUCGGAUAUUUGGUCAUUGGGAUGUAUCCUUUAUGAAAUGUGUGUGGGUCAUAGUCCAUUCUCUCAGGCCAAUAAUUUAGAAGAUUUGAUGUAUCUGAUUAAAGUUUUAACGCGCCAAAAGCUAAAUUGCAGUUAUAUAAGAAAUAAAUAUGGUCCCUUAUGGGCGAGUCUAUGUGAACAGAUGAUUAUGAUUAAUAUACAACAACGAAUCUCCCUACCCGAUAUUCUGUGUAUGGAUCCGGCUCUAACUUUACCUUAUUAUAAUAAAUAUUUUGAUUAUAAGUAUUGAUUGAAUUCGGAUUGGAUUAGGUUAACAUUUAUUAUCUUUAAUUGAGGUUAAGAAGACUCGUGUUAUUUGAUGUUAAUUUGUCAUUUCAUGUAAUUUUGAUAUCUAAUGUUCUUUAGUUAAAAUACGGAUGUAUGUUUAAAUAAACUUAAUGAUUUUUUUUAAAGGCA